AUGGGGUAUGAUGUAAUCCGUUUCCAGGGUGAUGUUGAUGAAGACCUUAUCUGCCCUAUUUGCAGUGGUGUCUUGGAGGAUCCAGUACAGAUAUCCCACUGUGAGCAUGCUUUCUGCAACAUCUGCAUCACCCAGUGGCUCUGUGAACAACAGACGUGUCCGGUAGACCGUAGUGUUGUGACGAUUGCCCACCUGCGCCCAGUACCUCGGAUCUUGAGGAACCUGCUGUCGAAGCUGCCGAUUGCCUGUGACAACGCUGAGUUUGGUUGCAGGGCCAUUGUUCAGCUUGAUAACCUCAGGUCCCACCUCAGCGGCUGUGAGUAUAACCCAACCCGUCCUGUGACCUGUGCACAGGGCUGCGGCCUGGAGAUGUCCAAAGAGAAGUUACCAAAUCACAAUUGCAUCAAGAACCUGUGCUCAGUGAUACAGCGGCAGCAGAGACGCAUUGCAGAACUGGAGACGACGUCAGCAGAACACAAACACCAGCUGGUGGAGCAAAAGCGAGACAUCCAGCUGCUAAAGGCAUAUGUGCGUGCGUUCCGCAGCCUCAACCCCAACCUUCAGAACCUGGAGGAGACAGUUGUAUACAACGAAAUCCUAGAGUGGGUGAACUCCCUUCAUUCAGCAAGAGUGACCCGCUGGGGAGGGAUGAUCUCGACCCCAGAUGCUGUUCUCCAGGCUGUAAUCAAACAUGCCCUGGUGGAGAGUGGCUGUCCCACCUCUAUUAUCAACCAGCUGAUUGAAAAUUCCCAUGAGCAUAACUGGCCUCCUGGUCUGGCCACACUAGAGACAAGACAGAUGAAUCGGCGCUACUAUGAGAACUUCGUGGUCAAGCGCAUCCCUGGCAAGCAGGCUAUUGUCAUGAUGGCCUGUGAAAACCAGCAUAUGGGAGAAGACAUGGUGCAAGAACCAGGCCUUAUCAUAAUAUUUGCUCAUGGUGUGGAGGAGAUAUAG